GCACAAUAUUGCAUUGAUUUUUCUACAGUCCUUUAUCUAAAUUGCAAAUUUAAGAGACAUAUUAGCUGCUUUUCAAAUGAACAAUAUUAUUUUAAGUGAUAAAGUUCCAUAAUCUGUUGUAUUUUCGGCGUUUAUCAGGAAAUGUUAUAUAGCAAACAAUGGGAAUGUCGGUUUUAUUUGACGGAACGCAGCUUAGUUAACAGCAGCAUGGCGUCUAUGCAUCACGUUAGUGCAUUGUUGUCAAUUUUAAUGUUAUUAUUUGAUAUUUAAUUGGAAAUCGACACUUUUCCGAGCUGUUCAUCGCGUAUUCUACAUUUUGGGGCACCGAAUAACGAUAAAUUUGAGGCUCCAGUGCUAAAAGCACCCUGCCCUUGGAGGCUUGUUCAAAAUGGAGGCGAACAAAGCAACGAGAGAGACGCUAGAGAAUAUAGUCAUCGGAGAUGGCACCACCACACCCCAGUAUAUGAUCCAGCGUAUCCCUGAGAAUUCUCAGUUGCUCAGCUCCGAGCUGCUACAGAAUCACAAUGGACUUGUAGUUGAUUUGGGAGGCACGGAUUUUAUACCAGUCAGCUACUCUUCAGAGGAUUUGUUGUCGCAAGAUCUCACAGAGGAAGAUAGAAACCUUGCAGCCGCCUUGGUUGCUGUGCAGUUGAGUCAGCAGCAGAAACAACAGCAGAUUCAAGAUGCCGGAAGCUUGCCAUCUCUUGUCGCCAACACAAGCUUAGUAAGUAUACCUGUUAUUGAAGGAGCCAAGAUCCUAGAAGACCAGCCACUGAUAAUCAGCAACGAGAAAGGCGGUACGACCAGCUUCCUGCGCAUAGUCAACUCGGACAACAUCUACGUGGAGCAACAGGCACUGCCGAAAUUGGUGGACGCUGUCAAGUUCUCCGCGGUUCAGGCGCAACCAGUGACCACCGUCUCUGCGGCACAGCAGGUUCAGCAGGUGCAACAUCAAGAUGAAGACCAAGAAACAGUUACAAUUACGACUGUCGUGGAGGAAGUUCCUCAGCAAAACCAUCAAUUGGUCAAGAAGGAAGAUGAUAAGGGAGAUUCUGAUAGGGAAUCGCUUAGGAACGAACAACGCACGUCGAAAAAGAGCCUACCGCAUAAGAAGCGCAUCUCUCGCAAGCUGAACAAAAAGGCGCCAAACACUGCAGGUGGCCCGAGCACCAGCUCAGCAGCCAGAAAGCAGAUCGUGUGCAACCAGUGCGAGCAGAUUUUCACUAGUCAGGAUGAGUUUGCUCAACACGAAUUGCUGUGCCAGACGACCAUCACGCCUGUCAAUUCGUUACCGAAUUCGUUCGCGUGCCAGAUCUGCAACACUCCGUUCACCGAUCAACUGAAAUUCUUCGAACACUUGAAAAAGCAUUACGAACCCGGCGGUGGCGGCCUGCCGACCGGCCCGUCAUCUACCGUCGUCCAAGUGGUGACCAAGCAAGAACCGCCUGCAGAAAACGACGACGUCCACGACGAGCCACAACCGCCUCCGGUGGAGUCAGUGGAGCGCCACGAAAGCCUCCUCAGCAGUUUGCUCAACUUGACUUGCAUCCAGUGCAACAAAACGUUUCGCAGACAGAAGACUUUCGAGGCGCAUAUGCGGGAUAUUCACUCGAACAAGGAGGAGCAGGUCGACGAGUUCAGCGAUCCUGAGGAUCUUAUGGAAGGUAUAAACGUGGUGGUAGACGGUAACGAUGCAGCGGAUGAAGAAGACGACUCUAAGGCGUGGUAUCGCGAAGAAGAUCUCCACCAAACAGAAGAGGAUCUGAGGGAAUUAGAAGCCGGCAAUGAUCACGUUUGCCACCUUUGCAAGCAACCGUUCCCUCUUAGGGCCAUUUUGCUGCAACAUUUGGUCACUUGCAGGGCAUCCAACGGGAGCAGUGCUACCGAAUCCGCCCCACUGGCAGUGGUGAAGAAGAUCAACAAGAAGAAACAGAAGAAAGCUACGCACGAAUGUACCGAAUGUGACAGAAAAUUCACGCACAGGAACUCGUUGGUGUACCAUAUGCGUAGCCAUACCGGAAUCAGACCGCAUCAAUGCGACCAGUGCGGCAAGAGUUUCUUUGCGUCUAGCGCUCUCAAGGUGCACAUGCGUCUGCAUUCCGGCGAUAAACCGUACAGUUGCGAGCACUGCGGCAAACGAUUCCGGCAAUGGGGCGACUUGAAGUACCACAUCACGUCUCUGCACUCGACCGAGAAGAACUUUCAGUGCGAGUACUGCGGCAAGGAGUUCGCGAGGAAAUAUUCGUUGGUCGUGCAUCGUCGCAUACACACCGGCGAAAGGAACUACAAGUGCGAAUAUUGCGGGAAAACGUUCAGGGCGUCGUCGUACUUGCAGAAUCACAGGAAGAUUCAUACCGGAGAGAAGCCGCACAUGUGCAGCGUUUGCGGGAAACCGUUCAGGGUCAGAUCCGAUAUGAAACGGCACCAGAACACCCAUGCCAAGACGCCCGGAGUGAAACCGGUUCGUAACUUGACCAAAGUGGAGAAACACGAGGUGAUAAUCGACGAAGAGGAGCUGAGCACCGAAUUGCACAUUGAAGAUGACGAAGCUGCCGGACAUUUGCUCACCGAGUACACUCCAGAGCAGUUGGAAGCGGCCGAGAGGACCACCACGGUCAGGGUACCUAACAGGAAUCUAUACAUCAAUGGUCACGAACUGUUCCUGGUGACUUACCCCAAUGACCUGAGGCCCGGAGAAGCGCAAACUUCGACUGCCACCUGGGUUCAUACAACAACUGCUUAAAUGCCCUUGGCGAUCCAAUAGGCAUACAUACGCAGAAACCAUUAUUACUAAUAAUAUAUCACUUACUUUUCGCAGGAUUCAGGCUGUUAUGACAUCACAAAAAUACGAAAUUUCUUUCCUGAUAAAGACAUGUCUUCUUUCCAUUCAGAUAUCUACGUUCAUGAAUAACGUUUGGAUACCAUUCAAUAUUAUUCGAUGUCGUGGAUGGGGGGCUUAACGCGUCAAAUUGACAGAAUAUACAGAAUCGCAUUUAUGACUACCACGUCGGGCAAGUCUGUCGGAAAAGGUAUGUGGCCGGCUUUAUUGCGUUUGCGCUUAUAUCUAAUCCUUCACCCACUAUUUCUGUCUGAAAACUGAAAGUAUGCGGAUUGAUGUUAUUACCCUGAGAUCCUGUGUACACUUAAACUUGUAGUGUAUGGAUUAUUGUAGCAACAUUUAGACUAUUUCAUUAAAUGUAAAUACAAUCAUAUAGUUUCGUUUUUUAUAUAUUAACUAUAAUGUAGGAUAAGAUUUUUAAAAGCUCCCGCAUCGCAUGGAAAGAUUUUAUAUCCAGCUUGACAAUUGAUGGGUCUAACUCACGUUAAGCUGCGAAAUGAUUGUCCCAAAUUAGAAAGCAAAUUUAGUGUUGCCGAUUUUUUAAAUACUGCUUUUGGUUAUGUAAAAUACCUAAAUCUUUAAGGUACAUUUAUUUUUGUUUUAUAUAGGUACACUGUAAAGGAACCUUAAGAUCGGAAGCUGAUGUAUCAUUAAACAUUGUGUUUUAUAGUAUAUGUUAUGUAUAAAGGAAUAAUAAACAAUAGAAAAGUA